UUACCACACACCACAUCUUAUCUGUCUACCCCGCUCUCCAGUGGAUGCCAAGCAAACACACCCUUGGACUUCCUCAACCCAGAUGUGUAUAUAAAGGCCUAUGAAAGCAGGGCAUACAGGCUUAUCGCAGCCGCAGCAAACAAACUACACCGUUUAGUACAGUCUGGAGCGGAGCAAUAUGUGGCAUGGAACAGCACGUCCGUAGAGCUUGUGAAGGCAUCAAUAGCCCACAUACACUACUUAAUUGUGAAGACUUUCUUCUCUGCUGUGAACUCCCUGUCGACUCAACCUGAAAUUAAAACGGCUCUCAAGCGUCUCUGUGACCUGUAUGCUUUGCAUGGAAUAUUUACAAGUGCCGGGGACUUUCUGCAACAUGGCUACUUGUCAGGGAAACAACUGGACCUGGCCACUACAGCCUAUCUUGGCCUGCUAGCAGACCUCCGGAAAGACGCUGUUUUGUUGGUCGAUGCUUUAGACUAUACAGAUCAACAGCUAAUAUCUGCUCUUGGGACCUAUGAUGGGAAUGUGUAUCACAAUCUGCUUGAGUGGGCUCAGAGAAAUCCCAACAAUAAAGAGGUGAGCCCAGUGUUUGAGAAAUACCUGAAGCCAUAUUUGCAAAGCAACCAGUCCAAGUUAUGA